GGAGCGCAAUUAGACGGCCUGCCCUAGUUUUCGCCUGCAGUUCUUCUCCCCCCCACCCUCGCCGCCUCCCGUCGCGCGCAUCAGGACGGCCGUCUCCCCGACGCCUCUCCGGCUCCCGGCUCCCGGCUCCCGGCUCCGUCCCCACUAGACGUAGGUCAUCAUGGUGCACGUCCCGGAAGUUGUCACAGAUCUGUACUACCAAGUUCCCAAGGCCUGUUUCGUUUCAGGUGUUCCCUUUACCCUGCGAGGUCAUGACGACAAUCGAGUUAUUCCUUCCUUCGAUACGGUUCCAGGUCCCGAUGGGGUUCAGGCAAAGUGGAUUAGGUUCUGCGAUUUUCUUCCGUUCGUUGAUGCUUGCCGGUCUUAUUGGUUGGAGUCCGAGUCCACAGAGCACCCCAUUGACCACCCCCUCUAUGUGUAUGUAAUGCCAUACAGCCCGCUAAGGGAUUCUUAUUAUCUUCACGAGCUCAUACAGAAUGCAGACCCACUUCCGCCUGACGCCUCAGCCAGCGAGCACAUGGCCGUUCAGGCACUGAUCUUGGACCAUGACCAGGAGAGCGCAGCAGCAGACCCACGCCUGAUGCAGGGGGUAGUCGAAGUUGCCGAUGGAGUCACUUUCACCUUUACUGUUGUCAACUAUAGGCUCCUCUUGUCUAAAGCUCAGAUAUUCAGCAUCAUGUCCUAUGUCAGUAAUCCAUUAGAUGAGUGCAUGCGCAGAAUGGAUCUUUGCGCAAAUCUACUGCGUGGCAGCGCACCAGGACCGAGCACUGAGCAGCUUGUUUGCAUUACAGAUGAUGCGAGGCGCCGCCUUGCGGUUGCUCUUCUUGAGGCCUAUGCACAAGGUGACUUAGCUGCAGACCCGCAUGAUGCAAUCUACACCAUGUUUCCAGCGAUGCAUGAUGAAGUCUACCAGGAGCACUGCCAUCACUGCCAGCCACAUCUGUAUCAAGAAGACCCCGCUGCCACUAAUACAAGACUUGAGUUGGCUAUGGAUCAGCUUGGAUCUGAGGAGCAGGACACUCCCGAAGAUUUACCUAUACGCCAGGCUGAAUACAACUUGAUGGACGCAGAAUCAAUUCUGGAAUUUCACGAUUACAACGUGAAUGUCCGUGCAAAGUUCUCCAAUUCCAGGAACAUUGUCGCCACAGCCAUUAAUCCGACUCGGAAUUACAUCAGAGAGUGUGUAAGUUGCCAUACACUUGUAGGAGUGCUUGCUCGUUAUGAAGAUGCCAAUCCUGCCGAGGGUAAUUGAAAUUUGAAGAGCUGACUAAAAGAGGACAGCUUGGGAUGGUCAACUGAUUACUGAGCGUUCACAAGAUCCAGGGAGAAGUGUAGGGAGAAGAAGUGUAGGAAAAGUGCGGGAACACAACUCGUCAAACGAAGCAAACAUAGUUCUCUGUCUUUGAACUUGUUGCGUGUAUUAUCUGAAAAUGCGUAGCUAAGUCGUGCUUGCUUUGCUGAUACGUGUUUCAAAAGUUCUGAACAUGAGUUGCAACAAGAGGAGACUGAGUUUUGUUAGCUUUCAAAGGCAGAGCUCUUUUUUUUUUUUGACUGAACAAUUGAAUGGUGGUUGUCUUCAUUGAUGAUUUUCUACAAAGUUUGACAGCAGUCCUGGUAUGUAGACAUGUGUUAGUUGCUCUUGUAAUCCAUCAAAAUUUACCAUCCACUGUCAUGUCAAAAUACUACUACUAUCAGCAAUGAUUAUCUUAACCCUCGCAUUAGCGAGCUA